AUGGGGAACCUCACCCUCGCCCCCCCUUUCUUCCUCCAGACCCCUCCCCACCCACGGUGGUCCCUGCACAUUCCUUUAUACGGCGGCCAGGCCCCCCACCCCCUCGUCCCCACCACCUCCCCACCACAGCAGCAGCCGUGGGAGGGGAGAGGCAGGGUAAAGGGUGGUGCUGGAUUGCCUCACGGCGGCCACCCCUUCCACACCACAUCCCCCCCCACAGCCAGAGUCGCCGAAGGGAAGGCGACGGGGAAGCGCAGGGAGGCCGCACAAGGCGGCACAUCAGCUGCAGUCGCGAAAUGUGCAGCCACUGGAGCAGCAUAG